UGUAGUGCGUGUAGGGUAUCAUGAAAAGCUAAUCGAAACGAAAUCAACUGAAACAUAAUGUUUUCGUUCUGUCACUUUCCUUUAAUCAUGUUCAUUUAAUUGCAAUUUAAUUCUUUCUAUGGGACUUUUGUUUUCUAUAUUAUAUAUAUCCACAAAUAUAAAAUACGAACGGAAUAUGACUGUUACCAACAAGACUUAAGACAGUGGAACAUCGUUACCGAAAAAAUAAAUCGCAAAAUGUUUCAAAUGGCGCUAAAAGAAUUAAAGUUAUACCACAUCAGUAGAAAUAUGAUGUAUCCAAGGAGCCCCUUCAUUCAGCCGUUCAAAGUUGGAACUGCAAAUGUGGCAACACAGGAAGGACCGCCACAAGAAUUUUCUGAACCACAGAUUCCUCCAUACAGGGAAAGGACCGAUGAACCACUUCAAUUAAAGAGAGCUCGCCUUCUCUACCAGUCCCGCAAGAGAGGCAUGCUUGAAAAUGAUUUGUUGCUAGCAAGUUUUGCAGCCAAGUACCUUCAAAGCAUGACGGCAGAACAAGUUAAACUGUAUGAUCGUCUUAUCAAUUUACCAUCGAAUGACUGGGACAUUUUCCAUUGGGCUACAGGAGUUAAACCUACACCAGCUGAGUUUGACAAUGAAAUUAUGCACUUAUUGAAGGAGCAUGUUCAAAACAAGGAUCGAGAGUGUCGAGUUCUACAACCGAAUUUGUAUACUUGAGAUCCCUUCAAGUGAUUCAUUAAAGAAAAGUCACAUGCUAGGAAAGCGACUUAGAAAAAUGACACACCAUAACUGAAUAGUGUAGGAAAACCAGAUGUUAUAUCAUGAAUUAUUCAUGAUUUUAAUCCUAUGUUUAGUUAUUAUAACAGUUGAAGAAAGUAGAUUUCAACUGCAGUGCAUUACCUACAUGUUGUUGAAAGACACUGGCAGUAAUUUAUUUUUGGUACAGUAUGAUGGGUCUUCUAAUCUCAUUAAUGUAUUUAUAAAAUUCCCAAAGCCAUUGAGACUAAUGUGUGCUCGGGUAGAAAUGAAAAAAGUUUUGUCUUAUUUUUAUAACUGCAGGGUUGUUCAUAUAUGAAAAUAAAAUAUUACCCCUUGGA